AUGCAAAGUUUGCCGGUCAUGGUCGUGGGCACAUGUAUCUGCGGUUUCUCGAACGGCAUUGGAGUCACGACUACGCUCAUUGGUCUUGGUAAGUCGAGAUAUUGCCAGCCUCAGUACCAUGAACGGACAUGUUGCAGUCGCAAACGCCUCGCACGCCGACCAAGCCGUCGCAACAGGCAUGCGGCUACCUCUUCCGCUCGCCCGGCUCCGUUUUUGGCGUGUCAAUGUGUGCAACAGCUUUCAGCCAGACCCUGCGCUCAAGCCUCACGGCUGCACUCAGCGGCGAUUAAGACGCAGACGAGAUCGCCGAACGCGUACGAGCGGGUCUCGCAUACUAUCGAAGCUUGGAGCCCCAUCUGCAAGAAACUGUGCGCGAGUGCUGUGGUAAGGCUCCCCAGGGCGGCCUUGUGUACACAACUCCAACAUGUCUGCACCAACCAAGCAUGCUGGGGCUUCAUAGCUCAGCACUUUCAAGACGUCGCCGCGCAGUACGAGCUGUCAUCCCCGAGCAGUACUACAUUGUCGCCAUCAAGCUCACCCGACACGUCACCAACAGCAUCACACUCGACAUGGAACUCUCCAGGCUCCCUCGAGGUUGAAGGAGAAGAUUGCUCAUGCGGCUUCGGCUUUUGCAAAGGCGUCUGGCACGGAGAUCAAGCCUGGAAGACCUGCAGCCUGAUGCCAACAUGCGGGAAUACUUCUCCUACGAGUACUGGAUGGCGGUGCAAGAAGCCCAGGCUGUCACUGCCUUGGUCCACUUGUACCUAG